CCUUCCUUUUAUUUUUCUCCUUGGUUAUUUUUAUUUGUUUGAUUGAUUGUUUCCUUUUUAUUUUUAUUAUUUUUAAUUAUUAUUUAGCCAUGGCAAAUUCCUUCACGGCCAGGACCUGGCCCAUCCCCUGAGCAGAGGCAGCCUGGACAUGACCAGCAAGAGAGGGAGGAGGAAUCUGGAUUCCCUUCGGAGGCGCCGACCCCUCCUCCGCCUGGUGCGAGCUAGGCGGGGGGAGCCCGGCUGCGGUCGCUCACUUCCACCGCGGGCAGGGGCUGGACGGUUCCGCCGGGGAACUGGCCCGUGUCCCCCCGCCGCCGGCUCCCGCCCCGCCCGGCACGGCGGGGAUGAAGCAUCGCCAGCGCCGGGACGGAUCCCUGCUGCAAUGAGAUCUGAGCCUUGACCUGAAGACCUUGGUGAAAAAUUCUGCAGAGAGGCUGCUUCAGCCCGAAUAAUAGUGUUAACAAGCAAAACCUGACUGCAGUUCAAAAUUAAGAGAGAAGAUGAUCAUCAACUGGAAGAUCUGCUUCUUCAUUCUGACACUGCCUCCUAUGGUUACAGCAACCCAUUCCAACUGCAUCAUUAAGAAGGAGCAGGAGACUUGUCUGGAGAAGAUACGGAGGGCAGCUGCCCUGAACCCUCUCAAUGACUCUUCUCCAGGUUGCCCAGGAAUGUGGGACAAUAUUACAUGCUGGAAACCUGCAAGUGUGGGUGAAAUAGUCUUUGUCAAGUGUCCUGCACUGUUCAGAUUUAUCAUCUCUGAAGAUGGUUGGGAAGUAGAUAAUCUGGGUCAAACCCAUGCAGGUGAUUAUGACCUGCUGGAAAGCACAGCCCAGUCUCCCCUAGGGGACAUCAGCAGAAAUUGCACCGAAGAUGGCUGGUCUGAACCUUUUCCUCAUUAUUAUGAUGCCUGUGGCUUUGAUGAAAAUGAAACAGAGUCAGAUAACCAGGAUUACUACUAUCUAUCUGUGAAGGCUCUGUAUACUGUGGGAUACAGCACUUCUCUUGUUUCCUUAACCACUGCCAUGGUUAUCCUGUGUCGUUUCAGGAAGCUUCACUGCACUCGAAAUUUUAUCCACAUGAACCUCUUUGUUUCAUUCAUCCUUCGUGCAAUAUCUGUAUUCAUUAAAGAUGGUGUUCUGUAUGCUGAACAGGAUGGCAACCACUGUUUCAUCUCAACAGUGGAAUGCAAAGCAGUGAUGGUGUUCUUUCACUACUGUGUCAUGUCCAACUACUUCUGGCUUUUCAUUGAGGGAUUGUACCUUUUUACUUUAUUAGUUGAAACCUUUUUUCCAGAGAGGAGAUAUUUCUACUGGUACACUAUUAUUGGCUGGGGUACCCCAACAAUUUGUGUCACUGUCUGGGCAGUGCUGAGACUUCACUUUGAUGAUACUGGCUGCUGGGACAUGAAUGACAACACUGCCUUGUGGUGGGUGAUCAAGGGUCCUGUGGUUGGAUCAAUUAUGAUAAACUUUGUUCUUUUUAUUGGCAUAAUUGUGAUACUUGUGCAGAAACUCCAGUCACCUGAUAUUGGGGGCAAUGAAUCCAGCAUUUACUUCACCCUCCCUCUUCCUCCCAGAUGCAGCUGCAGUCCAUGCACAGGACACAUGCGCAGCUGCGUUCAGAAAUGCUACUGUAAGCCUAAGAGGGCUAACCAGCACUCUUGCAAGAUGUCAGAACUAUCAACCAUUACCCUGAGACUGGCUCGCUCUACACUACUGCUUAUCCCCUUGUUUGGAAUUCACUACACGGUGUUUGCUUUUUCUCCUGAAAAUGUCAGUAAGCGGGAGAGACUAGUGUUUGAAUUGGGACUGGGAUCUUUCCAGGGUUUUGUUGUUGCUGUUCUCUAUUGUUUCUUGAAUGGGGAGUUUCUCCCUAAAGGUGCAAUCAGAAAUAAAGAGAAAAUGGAGGAGCUGGAAAGUCAACCGGUAUUUUGCUGUGGAUUUCAAACAUCGUCAUCCUUCUCUAGCGAGCAGCGGAGUGAACGGGGGGACACAACUCUCCAUUCUGAGCAAGAGCAGCUCUCAGAUUCGGAUGUCCAGCAUAAAUGCAGAGAACCUAGCGACAUGAGCAGCUAAAGAAAACACAUCAGUCAACAAGCAAACCAAAAACCAUCCCUUAAAAAAAAAAAAUCAUAGUUUUGGUGGUGGUGUAGGCCUUUUUCCUUUCCUUUCCUUUCCUUUCCUUUCCUUUCCUUUCCUUUCCUUUCCUUUCCUUUCCCUUUUCCCUUUUCCCUUUUCCCUUUUCCCUUUCCCUUCUUUUACUUUCCUUUGUGAUAAAAGCAAAGGAAAUGUGUGUAUAUAUAUCUUUUUAAUAAUCACUGUAAAUACCCAAGUGUACUCAAGGCCAUUAACAGAAAAAUGUUUAAAAGAUAGCCAAGCCUACCCACUCCAUGAUUUAUAUUUCAGAGCAUCUGCAAGUAAUCCGUUGUCAGUCAAAAGUAACAGUGAUUGCGUGCAGUUGUGAUCCUUGGUUGCCAAACUGAUACUAAUCUGUGAAUGGACAUGACCACUGUUAUUUUUAAUAUUGCUUUCCAUUUUGGUUUGAAUUGACUUUUUUUUUUUUGUUCUAGUCAAACAUAUCUUAGUGUGUCCCUGUCUUUUGGCAUGUGAAUUUCUGCAGUGUUUCUCUUUUGAGUCUUAGGAUGGAGCUAAUAUGCUUGGGUUAAUCUAACCAGCUGAUUCAGGAAGAACUCCAGAAAAUUAAGUUCAUGGCUGGAUUUAGUCAAAUGUUUCCUGUGGACUUAAAGAAAGUUCUGUGCCAAUGUGGAGCUGCAUAGCUACCAUCAAUCAGUGUGGGGACUUCAGGCAAGAGAGAUGGGAUCAGCUUCUUCCUUACCCAGGGACACUUGUAAGAAAAUGUUCUUUGUUCUAGCUAAGCUGUGAAUUUUCUAAAAGGGCCAUGUAGUUGAGAUAUAUCUAUAUUUUUGGCAUUAAUUGAUUGAUGAUAGAUUAUUUGGAUUCUUUACAUAAUAAAAAUAACUGACGCCUCCCUCCCACCUUAGGAGCAAAAGUCAGUUCCAGGGUGGCCUUUCCCUCCAGAUAACCUUGAACCUUCUGCAUCUGUGUCCAAAUGUGGUACGGUUUCGGGUAGUGCUGUCAGAGUGUGGUGCCUUUGCAACCUGGUUGACUUCUGUGUGUUGACUUUUCCUUGCCAUUACAAGAGGCACAAGAAGGAUCUGGCAUGAUCAUCCUGGAAUUUGGUGAGCAAUUAAAUUGAACAAUACAAUGGCAUAGAAGGAAAAGUUAAAAGACUUUGUAUGACUUCCCACACCUGGCAGUUUUCUCUCUUUUUGGAUAUUCUGUUUGUUUAACCACCAGUGGUCUUACUGCUUUUCUUUGAGAGGAAUUACUCUCAACCUUUGCCUUUUAGCUAAAGCCACGACUGGUACUUAUCUACUUCAAUUAAAUGUCAGUGAUGUCAAUUCUUGAAAGUCUUUAUACAGUGCAUAAAGGCUUUGAGGACUGUCCUAGUGCUCACUUCAUUUUGGAUUUAUGAACUGAUAUAUAUAUAAAUAUAUAUAUGUGCAUGUAUGUGUAUGCAUAUAUAUAAAAAAAAAAGUCAAAAAUGAAAAUGACACUUUAAAUGUGAAGUUUUGAACUGAAACUAAUAGUAACCAGGAAAUUUAAAAUUCAGGCUUGUUCUUUGGUGUUAGUUGACAGGAUUAUGAUCUAAAAAAAUAAAUGAAAGACUCAGAAUUUUAGUGUCAGCUCACUGUAAGCUUUUAAUUUUACUGACUUUUGUUUAGGUAAAAAAAAAUGUCAUUUUAAUCAUAGGUUUUAAAAAAUAAUACUAGUUUCCUUGUUUUUAAAAGGAGAAAAAAUGGGUCUCAGAAAGUUGUGAAAUAAAUAUUAAUAAGAAUAAUAAUUAACACAUAUAGUGUUUUAUGGGCAAAAACUGCUCUCAGUUGUAGUAGUGUAAAUGAAUGUAAAAAUAAUUUGAAACAGGCAGAAAUGUUGACUGAUGUCAUAUUGGUACGGGAUCAUGCUCUUAUGAGACACACCCAUGUCAGGUGAAAUCUACCCUUGCUGGGAGGACCAGCAAAACAGUUUAAAUAAUUUACAUUUCACUCCAGUUUCUUCAGUGAGAGUUCUAUGAUCCAGAUAUAUAUCUUUAUUUUUUCAAGUCUUUGCACUGGUUUGCUGCUCCAAGAGCAGGAUUUGUCCCCUUCUGCCAGACUCCCUGCAAAAGUCACUAAAGUAUUUUUAACAGAUAGAUUGGAGCAUCCUCUUUCAUUAGCUGCUGCUAAAAGCUAUUUUAGAAAGUUUCCCAAGGAAGCAUGCACUUUGCAGUCCAAAAAGACAUGGAAGAUGGGGAAAGUGAGAUCUAUCAGGUAAAUGCAUAGGUAGACAUUUUUUAAAUGAGACUGUUUAAUGUUAGAUGAACUGAUGACAUUAGGUUUGUAUUUUCUGUAGUAUGGGCUUUCACAAAGUAUUAUAUUAACAAUAGUUUAAGUGUAUUAUUUAAGAAAACAAAAAAUAGAUUUUGCAUAAAUGGCUAGUAGCCAAUUUUCAAGCAUUAAUAAUUGAGAACUUUUGAGAAAAAGGCGUUGAAUUCCUGUCUCUAGAUGGAGACUUUUUGCCAUGUUUCAGUCAAGAGCAAGAGGGCAUUUGGAUUUUUAAUUUUGUUUCUGUUGUUGUUGAGUUUUUUUCUGAGCUUAUUUCUUUAUUCUGUUGUUUUCCUGGCUGUCCUGCAGUGCUCUGCAACAUGAGUUGGUGGAUCUCAGUCCAGUGCCUUGUGGGCAAAUGUUCACAACACCAAAACCACCCUCCAGUCACGCACACCAGAGACCAGGUCCUCAGCUAAAUUAAAAUCGGGGGAAACUGUUGUUACUGUUAGAACAAAGCCACUUCAUUUUGGCUUGGGAUUUGACCUCAGCACAUUGUUAUAAUUUUUUGGCAGCCUGAGCAGGAGAUGCCAAAGACUGAAUAUUCAUGAAAACCUGGACUUGCUCCUUAGAUUUGUAAAGCCAGUGCUCAGGAGCAAGAAAAGUUGGAGGGCAGUGGAGGGAAAAUUUCGCUGUGGCAGACCCUGUGUUUCGUGUUCAGUGGACAAAUUAAAUUCUUUGUUACCUUUCACCAGCACUGUAUUUACUGGAAGAAACAGUAUCUCUCUGCAUAUUUAAUAUACAAUUUCUUAAGAAAGAAACCCUUCUCUCAUGAUUUUUUUGGUGAUGAUUUGAAGUGCUGAUGCACUUGCAAAUGUGGCUUUCCUUAGUCACUCAAACUUUCUCAGUAUUAACGAGAAAGGUCAUACUUCAGGUGUAUAUAGUUAUCUAAAUAAGAUUCUGAUGCCAUCAGACAAAUUAGCUCUUAAGAAAUCUCUCUGUUGAAUGUAACCUGAAGAUUCUUAGCAUGCAUGGCCACCAUUCACAGUGGCUGUCAUUUCUAUUUGUUUCAGUCUGGAAGAAACCAACAGGUGGUUCGCUUCUAGGUGUGUGUAAAUAUAAAUUGAGUGUAACAGUGCUUUGUUUGAUUUUUUCACUGUGAAACAUAUUUUGAAGCUCUAAAGGCUAUGUUAUUAAAAACAGUACAUAAUUAAAAGAAACAAAUGUGCAGCGCUCCUUGAGCCAUCUUUUUUACCAUGUCCAUAAUGUCUUUCUUGUAUAAUUUUCUUACUUUGCUUUUCUAAAUGUACAAAAACUUUCUGUGCUACAGCUUUUGUGACUAUUUACUGUAUCUAACAACUGUUUGAUUAUUGACUUUUUGAUGUGGAGUGCUGGUACUACAGGACAAUUAACAUUUCAUUAUGAAAACUAUAACCUGUAUUUCAAUGGACAGGGCUUGUUUCAUUGCUACAUGGUGACCCCACCUCCUUCUGCCUUUGCCUACAUUUAGUAUCUCUUGAAGUUAGAGGCCAUGUAAUGAAACUUAACUGUUCAGUUGUUGGAGAUCUUAUUUCAUAGAGGAAAAAUACCCAAGUUCCUCUGCCUCAUUUAUGUAUGUGUAUUUGAAAACCAGGUGUCAAAAUGGGAGAUGGGAGAAGGGACAGAGAUAAAGGCAUAUGAGUCCAGAGUGAAAUGCAAAAAAAAAAAGUGCAGUUUGGAAGUUAAAUUCAAGCACUCUGUUUGAUGUCUAGCUCCUUUUCAGCAGCUGUCCAUUCCUGCAAUUAAAUAACUGUGUCUUGCAAAUACAAGGCUAAAUAACAACCAGAAGUGGGCAGGAAUUGACUGUGCAGAUAACUUGAAAUUACAUUGCAAAUAUGAUUCUCCCUAGACUCUCUCCAUGGUCAAUGGCAAGUAUGAGAUACCUUGCAGAAAGGAAUGCAGAGCAGUUCAUAGAAUCAUAGAAUCAAUAGCCCAGGUUAGAAGGAACCUCGAACAACUCUCUUGCCAGUAUUUCAUGAGAAAGGGAGCCUAGAAGAGAUUAUCUACCACUCUGUCCAAUCCCAUCUUGAAAAUCUCCAGUGAUGGGGACUCACCAUGUCCCCGGGCAGACUGUUGCAGUGAAUGACCUUUCUCACUAUAAAAUGUUUCUUUCUUAGAGGUAAAACCUCUACUACUGCAACUUGUACCUAUACCAGCCUCCAUCCUCUUUGUAGCCACCCUUUCAGUACUGGAAUACCGUGAUUAGGUCCCUCCUGAGACAUCUCCAUGAAGAAAAGACCUAACUCCUUCAGUCUUUUCUCAUUGAACAGGUUGUCCAUCCCUUUGAACAUCAUGGCCCUCUUUUUCACCCUCUCCAGUAUGGCUGCAUCUUUCUUGAAUUCUGGAGACCAGAACUGCACACAAAAUAGUGUUACACUUACUCAAAACCUGAUCUGGGAGAAUUUUAUUUUCUUCAGCCGUGAUAAAAGGAUUAGUUGCCAUAAUUUGCCUUCUCCAUAUCAUUUUGUAAAAUCGUGUUUUUUCAUAGUAUUAUCGUAUCAGUGAUAGAUAUUUCUGCAUAUCAUAAUAGCUUCUGUGCUUGCAUAUGAAGGGCUAUGCAGGACCUCCGUUUAGCUCAAAGGUUCAUUUUUUUCAUAAAUCACAUGGUCAAAAUAAGUCAGUAAUAUGCAAAGCCAUAAUGAUCAAGAACGAAACAUAUUUAGCAGAGUUAGAGCUGUUGGUCUGUGAUCCUCAGGUGUUCUAGAGCAGCACAGUGCCAUAAGUACACUUCAUGUGAAGGAAACUGUAAUUGCCAUUAUUUUCACAGCAUAUUACUCCCGCUCCUAAACUGGUCACCUCCCCUUUUAAGAUUCUGUAAGUUUUUUUCUUGGAUUGUUUUUUUUCACCUUCUCUUCCCACUGGAAACUUACUAUAAAACUUCACUCUUCAGGCAUUUAGAAACCUUUUUCUGAAUUCCAGAUUAAAGUAA